AAUUAGCUCGCCGCGCCGAUAAGUUAGUCAAGCUAGUCUGAGUGGGGCUAGCGGUGUGAGAGCGGCAGCCACCAUGAAUUAACGUUAGCUGACAUGCUAGCGCUGAGCAGAUCGACCUGACAACAUGUAUUUUUGUUGAUAGUUUGUUCUUGCUAUACCACGUUUUAAUGUAUGUGUCGAUUUUUAUGAGACGUGCGUUUCUGGUAAAAAAACCCAAAAAAGAACUGUGUGAGACAACGAAAUCCUUUCGGUCGAACUUCUCGCAUAAAUUGACGUUAAUGCGAGGUUAACCUUACGUAGGAGCCAAUGUUAGCUUGUUAGCUACCUAGCGCUCUUCCUGACCUAACCAGCUAGCAUAGCCAGAAUUCAUUACUGACCAUGUAACUUUAUCCAAGUAACUUGGUGUAACGGUAGCCCACAUGUUAACUGACUAAACAGCCGACUGUGCUGUCGCGUUGCCAGCUGCGAUGAAGCGUGGCUGUGUUCUCUUCGACAUCUUUACUUAAUAGCAAGGGUAACGUCAGUUAGCCAACACGCUCAUCUGGAUUUUUUUUUUUUUUUUAGUACGCGGAUUCCAGUUGACUGACUGACUGUCAGCGAUGACCCGACAGUGACAAAUCGUCAGUCGCUGAUUCUAUCUGCUAACUACCAUUUAGUAUGCAGAUAAGAAAAAUUGACUUGUUUGCCACAAAACUUCGAGCUCGAACGAAAACCAACGUCAGCCAUCAGACGAGCGAAAGCAGUCACCGAAAACGGAUGGCGUUAAGCUCGGUGUUUGGCAGAGAGGGGGAGGGGAUGAGGCAGGGUUACAGCGAGCGAGCGACAGAGACAGCGCCUACAUGCCUGUAAAAUCAGUUCAGACCCAGGGCUCAACAGUGGUCCAAAGUCACGUUCAUCCAACUGCACCCAUGACUUCAACCCAAGGACAGCAGCAGUUUCAGCGACUGAAGGUUGAAGAUGCCUUGUCUUAUCUGGAUCAAGUGAAGCUGCAGUUUGGGAAUCAGCCACAAGUUUAUAAUGAUUUCCUUGAUAUUAUGAAGGAGUUUAAGUCACAGAGCAUAGACACUCCUGGAGUCAUCAACCGCGUGUCCCAGCUUUUCAAAGGCCAUCCAGACCUCAUUAUGGGCUUUAACACUUUCUUGCCACCCGGGUAUAAGAUUGAGGUUCAAACAAACGAUCUAGUCAAUGUGACCACGCCAGGUCAGAUCCACUACAUCACCCCGCAAGGUAUUUCUGUUCAGAACAUCCCUGCAAGUGGAGGAACCAGCCAGCCUUCGAGCCACACCCAGCACCAGAGUCUGCCACAGGCUGGCCCGCACACUACUGCCACCACUAACACACCCAUGCCAACACAACCUGCUCCAAAUAAAACCAGCAAGCCGAUUCAGUCUCCAGCCCAUACACCCACCAGCCAGCCCAACCCAUCCAUCCCAUCCUACGCCUCACCACGUUCACCUUCGGUUCAGUCCCACACUCCUGUGAGCGGCACACCAUCUGGUGGGCCACCUCUCCAGAACAACCAGCCUGUGGAGUUCAACCAUGCCAUAAAUUAUGUCAACAAGAUCAAGAAUCGCUUCCAGGGUCAGCCAGACAUCUACAAAGCCUUCCUGGAAAUCCUGCACACAUACCAGAAGGAGCAACGAAAUGCUAAAGAGGCAGGAGGCAACUACACUCCAGCACUGACUGAGCAGGAGGUCUACACUCAGGUGGCAAAACUCUUCAAGAACCAGGAAGACCUCCUGUCAGAGUUUGGACAGUUCCUGCCUGAUGCAAACAGCUCAGUGCUUCUGGGCAAGACUGCACCAGACAGAGCAGAGUCGGUGCGUAAUGAUCACGGCGGCACAGUGAAGAGACAAAUACUGAACAACAAACAGAGGCUCAGCCAGAACGGCCUGCCAAUCAGGAGACCUGCUGGAGUGGGGGCCACGCCUCCUGUCAAGAAGAAACCCAAAAUAAUGGGGAAAGACCAUGGCAUGACGGAAGUCAGCAAACACAGCACCAGCACUGAAACAAUGUUCUUUGAGAAGGUGAAGAAGGCCCUUCGAAGCUCUGAGGCGUAUGACAACUUCCUGCGGUGUCUUCACAUAUUCAACCAGGAAGUAAUCUCACGUGCUGAGCUAGUGCAAUUAGUCAUCCCAUUUCUUGGAAAAUUCCCAGAGUUAUUUACAUGGUUCAAAAACUUCCUGGGUUACCGAGAGUCCAUCCACGGGGAGUUGAGCCAUGCAAUGAGUUUACCCAAGGAGCGUGCAACGGAGGGCAUCGCCAUGGAGAUUGACUACGCUUCCUGCAAGAGGCUGGGGCCCAGCUAUAGAGCACUGCCCAAGAGCUACCAGCAACCCAAGUGCACAGGAAGGACGCCACUGUGCAGAGAGGUUCUUAAUGACACAUGGGUGUCAUUUCCAUCGUGGUCUGAGGAUUCCACAUUUGUGAGCUCCAAGAAGACUCAAUACGAGGAGCACAUUUACAGAUGUGAGGACGAGCGCUUUGAGCUGGAUGUUGUGUUGGAAGCCAACCUUGCCACUAUAAGGGCCCUGGAGACAGUUCAGCGGAGACUUUCUCGCAUGUCCGCUGAGGAGCAGCUGCGCUUCAAGUUGGACAACACAAUGGGCGGCUCCUCAGAGGUCAUUCACCGCAAGGCCAUCCAGAGGAUAUAUGGAGACAAGGCUCAGGACAUCAUCGAUGGGCUCAGUAGGAACCCAGCUGUGUCUGUCCCCAUAGUGCUGAAAAGAUUAAAAAUGAAGGAUGAGGAAUGGAGAGAAGCCCAGAGAGGUUUCAAUAAAAUCUGGAGGGAGCAGAAUGAAAAGUAUUACUUGAAGUCUCUCGACCAUCAAGGCAUCAACUUCAAGCAGAACGACACCAAAGUGCUGCGCUCAAAGACCUUACUCAACGAAAUUGAGAUGUUAUAUGAUGACCGCCAGGAGCGAGCAUCAGAGGAAUCUGCCACACCGCCACCAUGCGGCCCACACAUGACCCUGACCUAUGAUGACAGCCAAAUCCUGGAGGACGCUGCUGCGCUCAUCAUCCACCACGUCAAAAGACAGGUGGGCAUCCAGAAAGAAGACAAGUAUAAGAUCAAACAAAUCAUCCACCACUUCAUCCCCGACCUGCUGUUUGCACGACGAGGUGAGCUCUCUGACGUGGAGGAGGAGGAAGAAGAGGAGGAAGAAGACGUGGAGAUGGACCAAGAUGGUGCCAAGAAGCACAAUGGCCUUCCAGGCAGCAGCCCAUCAAAGUCCAAGCUUCUCUUCAGCAACACGGCAGCUCAGAAACUGCGAGGCACCGAUGACUCCUAUAACCUCUGCUUCGUGAACAACUACUGGUAUAUCUUCUUUCGUCUUCACCACAUCCUCUGUUCUCGUUUGCUAAAAAUCUACGGGCAAGCCGAGAAGCAGAUAGAGGAGGAGGCUCGAGAGCGAGAGUGGGAGAGAGAAGUGUUGGGGUUCAAGAGGGAGAAAAAUGAAAAUCCAGCAAUCCAACUGAAGAUGAAGGAACCGAUGGAUGUUGAUGUGGAGGACUAUUACUCAGUUUUUCUGGAAAUGGUGCGUAAUCUUUUGGACGGAAACAUGGAGCCUGCUCAGUACGAGGACUCUCUGAGGGAAAUGUUUACUAUCCAUGCCUACAUUGCCUUCACCAUGGACAAACUCAUCCAGAACAUUGUCCGCCAGCUCCAGCACCUUGUCACAGAUGAUGUCUGCGUGCGUGUAACGGAUAUGUACCUGAGCGAAUGUGCCAAUAAAGCCACGGGGGGCACACAGUCUACGCAGACAUCCAGGGCAACAGCAGAGGGGGCCUAUCAGCGCAAAGCAGAGCAGCUUAUGUCAGAUGAGAACUGCUUCAAGUUGAUGUUUGCGAAGAGCCAAGGAACCGUCAGUCUGGCUAUGGAGCUGUUGGACACAGAGGAAGAGAACUCUGAUGAGCCAGCGGACACAGAGAGGUGGUCAGACUAUGUGGGCAGAUACCUGAACUCAGAUACUGCAUCCCCAGAACUGCGUGAGCAUCUUGCCCAGAAGCCGGUAUUCCUCCCCAGGAAUUUGAGACGGAUAAGGAAGUGCCAGAGAGGAUGGGAGCAGAUGCAGCAGGAGAGAAUGACUAAGGUCCCCUCCGACAAGUCGCAGGACGGCAAAAGCGAGCUUAAGAUGGAGUGCAUGUUCAAGCUCAACUCCUACAAGAUGGUCUAUGUCUGCAAGUCGGAAGACUACAUGUACAGGCACACAGCACUCACACGGGCCCAUCAGUCCCACCAGCGGGUCAACACACGCCUGCACAGACGCUUUCAGGCCUGGCUGGACACCUGGGCGAAGGAGCACGUGACCAGCGAUAUGGCUGCUGACAGCCGCAAGUGGCUGAUGGGAGAUGAACAAGAAGGCCUGUUGUCGUGCACCACCACAUGCAACCCCGAGGUCCUCCAUUAUCUCAACAUUAACAAGUACCGGGUGAAGUACAGAACACUGUAGUCUCUCUUCUCGAAUGAUAAACUGUGACCGUCUUCACACAACAAACUGCCAGCGAUGACUUCAUAUAUACAGUAGCUUCAUGUGGAAGUUUUCCAUCCUGCUGUUACUGGAUUCAGUUGCCAAAAUCUUUUGAGGUUGUCAAGCUGUGGGAUGUAAAUUUCUCACUUUUUGCAAAUGUGUCAGAACUGAUUCAGGAACUUUGUCCCAAAUUUCAAGCUUUUGCCUCAGAUUCUGCGACAUGUGAAAUAGAAGUUUUGUCCCAAAAUUGGAAAAACGCAUCUGUCUCAAUAAUCUCAUUAACAUAUGAAAUACAGUUGAUAUGCAGAGAAAACGCUCUGUACUGCAUCAUAUCUUUGAAGCAAUUGAGUUUAAACAACUGAAAAACCUGUUUAACAAUUCCGUAAUUAAAACUUAGAAACUUAAUGACGAAUAAAUGAUUUCUGAGGGUCAACUUAUAAUUUACAAGAAAUGAAAACGGCCUCAGCUUUUGUUAAAAUGUGUGUUGUCGGACUUCCAGCUGUAAACUUGUAUAGCCUGUGAAAGCUUUCCUUUCUGGUGGUAAAGGUGCAGCAAAGCACUAUGUAUACUGUAUAUAUUCAACAUCUCUGGCGACUGCUGGGUAGAUGCUUGGUAUCAGUACAAUGCCAGCAGUGUGAAUCGAGUACAAUAAUUUAUGACCGCCCAAACACUUUGUGUAAAUAUGUUGUUUAUAUCUAGAUUUUUUUUUUAUCAGAUGUUAUUAAUGUGUAGCGUACAUUAACUCAUAGUAUCGAUCUUUAGCGCAAAGCUGCAGAGAAGUUUCUAAAAAAAAUGCAAAGUUUUAAGUGGUUUUUUUUUUUGUUUUUUUUGUACCAAAGGAUGUUAAUUAGAGACCCUUUUCUUUGGUGGUCUAUUAAAUAUGUUCUCCCUAAGUCUUUGUUAGUAGAAAAAAAAAAAACAACAACUUUUUUUUUUAAAUACCCGUUUCAACCCCUUUCUGCACAUUUCUACCUUCAGUCAUUGGCAUCCUUGUCACUCGUGGUUUUAAGAUGAUUGAAUGUAGCUGAGCAGCAAUUUUUCCUUUUUGGAAGUACAGUGUAUGUCAGUUUUUCAAAGUACUGGAGUCUUAACAGUACUAUCAAUUUUUUUGCUGUAUUUAAACUUAACCAAAUCGUUAAAACCUGUAUGACAGGUCCAAUGGCCUCACAGUGUACCACUCAUAAAACUUUAUUUAUGUCCAGUGCAGAUGCUGAACACUGACUGAUGUAUAGUAGGUCUAUACAUGAAUGUCAGCCAUCGGACUCGUGUACAGUUUUGGGAUUAAGAAAACAAGCAAGCAAUAAUUCCUUCAGUCGCAGUUUUCAAAGCUAUCAGUUUGUAUUUCUUGCAGAAAUACAAAUGUGAAUGUUGUAUUCCCAUAAAAGAGGGAUGUAAAACCAAGGAUUUGUAUUGCCUUCUUCCCUCUGCAGUUUGUGAGACAAAGCUGGAAUUGACCCUGUACAUAUUGUCAGAAAGGUUAGGCAGGAAGUUAGCCAUUACACUAAAGGCUAUAAAGUAUGUUUCACAGUGGAAAGCGACAUACAAGCAAAAGGUUUUUUCUUAACUUCAGGAAGACAGCCAGAUUUCCUUGUAAUUUUUUAUCUAUGGAUUAUAACAGGAACAGGAAUGAAAAUAAAAGAACCUGUCUGACACAGUUUCAUCCAUCAAUAUUUUCCUGAUCUCCAUUUACGGAGAUGGUCAGUAACUUAACCAGCUACAGACAAUCUUGGAACAGUUUAUUACUUGGGUUUUUAUUUUUAUAUUUACAGUGUUCAAUAUGGAACACCACAGGAAGUCCCGUGGAGCUGAUUGUACAUAAUGACAUGGUUUGUACCUUGUUUAAUGUCUCUUCUCUUGACUUUAAUGAUGUUGUACAUGAGUGUUAGUAUGGUGUUUGGCAUUAAACUAUCCUUUAAAUAGA